ACAAUAGCAAACACGGCAAGGCCUACAAGAGGAGAGGAAAGAGAGGAGAAUGGUCAAGGCUGCCGCGCAUCGUCAUCACUAGGCAUCAGUCAGUCGAGGGGGGAGGACGAGGAGGUGCUGAGGAGAGAGAAGCUUCACAGAGCUUUGCUUGGUUGGGGUUGGAGCCCUGGGGGCGUGCCAGCCGAGCUGUCCGUCUCUCUCUCUCCAUUCCACCACCCACCAGCUACUACUACCUCGGGAGGGCAAGGGGAAAAUCUGCGGCCUCCUUUCCCGAGCCCGGUUGGAUGGAGAGGGACUUCCUGGCCGCGAUCGGCAAGGAGCACCCGCACCCGCACAAGGAGAAGGCAGCUGGCGCGGCGGAGGAUUCAGCUUACUUUGGCGGAGCAAGAGCAGGGGCAGCUGCAGCAGCAGCUCCGGCAAUGGACUGGUCCUUCGCUAGCAAGCCCGGCGCCGCCCCGGCGUUGAUGUCGUUCCGGUCGGCGGCGAGGGAGGAGCCUUCGUUCCCCCAAUUCUCCUCCUCCUUCGACGGCGCUAAGAACCCGGCGGCCUCUCGUAUCCUCACGCACCAGAGAUCUUUCGGCCCCGACAGCACGCAGUACGCCGCCGUGCACCGCGCGCAGCAGCCGCCGCCGCAGCAUGCGCUGAACGGGGCUAGAGUCAUUCCGGUCUCAUCGCCGUUCAACCACAACAACAAUCCGAUGUUUAGGGUCCAGAGCUCGCCUAGCCUUCCCAAUGGUACUGCGUUCAAGCAGCCGCCUUUUGCCAUCAACAACGCUGUGCCCAGUUCUACUGUGGGUUUCUAUGGAACAAGGGAUGCGGUGAGGCCAAAGACGGCACAACUGACAAUCUUCUAUGCCGGUUCUGUCAAUGUAUUCGACAACGUCUCCGCCGAGAAGGCUCAGGAACUCAUGUUCUUAGCCAGCAGAGGAUCUCUCCCAACCUCAGCCCCUGUGGCCCGUAAACCAGAAGCUCCUAUUUUCGCUCCAGCGAAAGUCGCAGUGCCCGAGGUUUUGCCUGCAAAGCAGAUGCUAUUUCAAAGACCGCAGCAUGUUUCGUCGCCUCCAUCAGCCAUCUCCAAACCAAUCCCUGGCAUCUUGCAAGCUGCAACUCUCCCCAGGAGCGCCUCUAGCUCUAACCUUGACUCCCCAGGUCCGAAAUCUUCAGUCCCAUUAGCUGUUCCUCCCGUAAGUCAGGCUCCGGCAGCUCAGCCUGCAACACUUGCAACUACAACUGCAGCAGCAAUAAUGCCUAGAGCUGUCCCUCAAGCUAGGAAGGCGUCCCUUGCUCGAUUCUUGGAGAAAAGAAAGGAAAGGGUGACAACUGCUGCGCCUUACCCAUCAGCCAAGAGCCCGUUGGAGAGCAGUGACACAUAUGGCAGUGGGAGCGCCAACGACAAGUCAUCAUGCACUGACAUUGCCCUCUCAAGCAACCAUGAAGAGUCCCUAUGUUUAGGGCAGCCCAGGAACAUCAGCUUCAGCCAAGAGUCUCCCAGUACAAAACUACAGAUGUGAUGAUCUGAUCUGAUCAUGCCCAAUGUUCAUAGAUUUGUCCAGGCUGACUGAUGCAAACACCAUAAAAUACUUUUGCACUCAGGCAAGGACUCGAGAGGAAGAGAUUACAUAUGUUAUCGAUGCCGUUGUUGUUUAUUUUGCCGUGGUAGUUUACUUGUAAUGCUGGUAUAGCUGGUGGUGCCCCACCUAACUAACAAGAGAGCUGUCACUUGCAGACUCUUGAUUUUUAUUUUAUUUUUUUGCCCUAGCGCCAUUUCUGUUGGGCAAAAGGAACUCAAAUGUGUUACUUUAGCAGUAUCAAAUUAUAUAGGCUUACAGAUUCUGCGCCUGUUGUAUGGCCAAAAGUGUAAUAUUCUUGUUCUUGUAUUAUGAACUUCCAAGCUGCAGAAUGCAAGAGCAAAACUUAUUCUCGAUUGUGUUCUCA